AUGGACAGUUUAAUUAACAAAGCCAAUUUCGAGGCUAUGCUAGACCCGGCUGCCGGUCAGGAGCAAGCGAGGGCAGUCCCGCCUCAGCCUCUACCUGGACACAACGAGGGCUCCAGGGAGGUCUCAGGAAGGGGCAGGGACUUCGGCAGGUGCCAAGGUCCAGGUUCCCUGGAGCUGCAGCUACCAGAGAGCCCGAAGCAGCCCGAGGCCAUCGAGGAAGGUGGCGCCAGCACUGCUGCGCUCUCGUUCCCCAGGAAGCUGUGGAGCGUGGUGGAGAACGAGGCCUUCAAGUCCGUAGGCUGGAACGAGGAUGGGGACGCCGUGGUCAUUCAGGUGAACCUCUUCCAGAGGGAGAUGCUUGACCAGAGAGACCCACAGAGGAUUUUUGAAGCAGACGACCUGAAGAGUUUCACUGACCAACUUCGUCUGUAUGGCUUCAGACAGAUCCGUGCACCAGGCUCCCAGGCUCAGCCCUGGGGGGCCGAGAGGAUGAUGACGUACCACAACUCCAACUUUCAGAGAGGCAAGCCCGAGCUCCUUGAGAACAUUUGGAGGAAAGGAGACCUCCGAAACCCUGCUUGGCAAGGAACCUGCAAACCGAUUCUACUGAGGAAGCCCGCCUGGCAAGUAAUAGAUGAUCCGAAGAAGGAAAGGAAGCCGGUAGCCACCAGACACUCCCCACGAUUCCCCAAGGCAUGGAGGAAGGCACGGAAGGAGGCCUCCCUAGCGAGGGGCAGCAGAGGCCAGAAGCCCACGGUGUACUCCGGCGUGUGGGCUAUGAAAAGUAUCACAGCAGGGCAAGGCAUGAGCACCCCGUCACCUCAGGCGCCAAGGGGCUGCAGUGGGGAGGGCACCCCUAGGCAUGCCACGUCCACAGCUCCAGGUGCCGACGCAGUGACAGGCGAGGACACGGAGGCCAGCAGCUCCUCGGCUUACCGCAAUCACUGCGCUCUGAUGACUCUCUACAACACCUGCUAUUCCAUCGCGCUGACCGCCCUCUCCGCCAAGACCCCAGAUGAGCAGUCUGACGAGGAGGAGCAGGAGGGCUCCUCAGACUACAAGACCGUGCUGUGUGAGCGGGUGAGGGACAUGCCACCGCAGUGA